GCAGUGAAAAUAAUUAUUCUUCCCCUGCCGCCUGCCUCGCCGUCUCUUCUCCUCGCCGCCGGCGUUCUCUGUUUUUCCUCUGUCCUCUCAUUAUCACCCUUUGUUUCUCUCACAGAGCAAAAUUAAGCUGAAAGGAAAUCAUGAAGCUUGGAUUUCCGGCUACAAGCUAGGGGUACUUCCUGUGCUGAUUAAUCUCGGCACCUUGAUCGCCGUUAGGGAAAUCAGCUUCUGCUUUUGUUUGGAAGAUGGAAGUUCAAGAAGAAAGGCAAAGCUUUGAUGAUGGAGAUGAAGACCCAAAAGAGGAACAACCAGAAGUAGUAGAAGAACUGCAGCAGAAGCUACAAGAAGUAGAAUUGGGAGGUAGGGAUGCGAAAGUUUUGCGAUUUCUUGAUUCAGUGGAUGAUUACCUCACCCUCAUAGAAUCUUUAUCUUCAACGCUUCGCCAGGGGUGGCUGGAACUAGCAAGUGCUCGACAUUCAAUGGGUGCUUCUCGCAUCAGCACUGUUUUGUUGGACCUAAAAGUUCACUCUGCUGCUACAUCACUGCAUGUAGAUUAUGGUGAGAAAGGUGACUCUGUGGAGGGGCGACCACACUUUACCCUAUGUAAAUGGGUGUCCUCUAAGAACAGAAAAUGCUCUCCUGAAGAUGAAAAUCAUAGAGAGAACAAAUUGCAUCCACAGCUACGAUAUAGGGGCAACUUGCAGCUUCAUGAAGAGGAAACCUUGCCUCAAGACAGAGCUACGCAUAAGGUUGAUGAUCAAGUUGAGAAGGAGCGGAAAAAAUCAUUGUCGGUGUUUGGAGCUCUAGUUUCCCCUAAGCUUCGAGCUGCCCAACUAACUUUUGAAGGAGCUUUAGAGACACUUGUAGAAAUAGCAAACAUGCGUGCAGCAAUGCUAUCUGCUUUUGAUCAAGUCCAAAAAGAAUUGGGAGGCACCCAGGGAUGAGAGACAGUGUAUUCAGGUAUAUAUCGUCCUGGUCCUACCAUAACUGUUUCCUAUAUCUUAAAUUGGAUUAGAAGUGGAAGAACCAUCUUCCUUUAUCAGAAAAAUCACCCAUAUAAUUUUGGACCAUGUUUUCAACUCACAAUAGGCAGCAUAAAUUCCUGAGGGUUGGGGAUCAAAAAUUCUUUUGAUAAAAAAUUCAAUGAAUGUGAGGGACUGCAGAUUUUAUGUUGCAGCAGAAGGCAGCGGAAGAUCCUCUAUUCAGUGUGGAAUUUUUUUCAAUGAGGCUAGUUCCCGGCAGCUUAGUUUUUGUAUUUGUGUAAACCCCGGAAGAUACUUUAUUCCAUACUUUAUUCAGUGUGGAAUCUUCUACUGUUUAGAUAUGUUUAUUAAGCACAUUAGCCCAGAAAGUGAAGAAAAAUGGUUUAAAACUAAUUGAUCUUGUUGUAUUAAUUUCUUUAUUUCAUAUAUGAAUGUGAAUUGGCUGUACUCAUGCUAUUUUUGCCU